AUGUGCUGGGCGUACGCCGGCGUCGGCUCGAGGAGGGAGUGCGUAUUUGGAGGAGGGUUUUGUUUGCGGCCACCGUCUUGUUGGAGUCGUUGUGCUCGUCAUGGACUCGACUCCGACGCCUCCGAGACGCCACACAGGCGCAGCACGCCUAGGCACCACAACCCAGAUGAGGGGUACGGCAGCCCCCCAGAUGCGUCUAGGUUGGCAGGAGAAGUCGCACUCGCACGUCGAGGCGGAACCGCCACCAUCCCUUUCUCCGUAGCAGACUCCAGUCCAUCUCCUGGCGACGCAGCUGGAGGCGGUGGUGGUACGCCCGAGCCGGAGGGUGGAUCAGCAGCCAACAGAGUGGGCAGCGUGCCGGGGGCAAGGCGAAGCAGAAGCCUAACGACGAAGGUUCCACUCGUCUCUGUUGGACGCCUGCGGAGAAGGUCGCACUCUGGAAGGCGAUCCAGAAACACGACCCUUUCGCAGAGAGUGGGCAGAAGCUGGCGAGAAAACAUUGGCGUAGGGUAGCCGCUUCCGUGAUCGAGGACCAGGACGUGGAGGUUUACACGAACGAAGGAGGCAGGGAGACCCCUCGUGUGUUGCACUCACGUUCUCCUUGUGGGUCGUACGGUAAGGGUUAGCAUCACGUUGAACCUUCUAGUAGUGUGAGGCAGUAGUCCCACGAGAACAUUUCCCACAUGACGUGCUCGCGUUUGGCGUAGAAGGUGUUUCGUCUAUGCCGGAACAAGGUGCCACACUUUCAUCGUACGUUCACGUCUGCUGUGAGUUUCUGGAGACGGAGUGGAGAGAUUCCAGGCUCCCGCCACGUUCUGAACUGCUAAUUCUGGCGCAAGAUGAAAUACUGCUACACUAUGCAUGAUGGAGAUACGCCUAUUACCAUUGUAUGCAUAGCACUGACAUGGCCGCCAG